UAGAUAGAUCGUUUGUUGGCAUUCAAAAUGGCAAAACAACAGCAUGGUUUGAUCACUAGAUGUUAUAGGUAAAGGUGAAGAAGUUGAAGGACAAGUGCGUGAUGCUCCUCAUUUCAGACUUGAACUUGUCAAACGACGAUCUAGCAACCCUUACCAGCAUCUACAAUGUGAACACCUUCAAAUCUAAUAAUUACGAAAUUAUGUGGGUUCCUAUUAUGGAGGCACAUGAUGAGGCGAUAGAAAAGCAGUUCCUGGACAUGAGAUCUCGAAUGCAAUGGUACUCAUGCAACUCCAUGGUCAGCAAGACGGCAGCAAAGUUCAUCCGGGACAAGUGGCAAUUCAGCCAGCAGACGAAGGUUGUGGUGCUAAACGAACAGGGGAAGGUGGUGAACACGGACGCAAUAUCCAUGAUAAGCCGUUGGGGAUGGGAUGCCUUCCCAUUCACGGAGGUGAGGGGCAAAGAGCUCGGGAAGUCGCCAGAGAUCAAUUGGUUCAAGCUCGUGGUGAACAAAACGAUAUACCCUUUCAUCGAACAAUGCUUUGAAAGGAGCGACCUCCUACUCAGCUGAAGACUCCAAAGCUGUCCAUGAGAUUGAAGAAUACCUGGAGAAGAUAAACUAUUCAGUCUCCCACAUAGCCAUCAGAAUCAGUACGAAGAGAGAGCAAUUCCUGACCCGCCUUGAGUACUGCACUUCCUCAAAGAUGCAGGCAAAUUCGGACGUGUACGAUUCCCUGACGCAGGACCUGCUCGAGCUCUACACCAGCUACAAGAAGCAUGGUGGGUUUGCCAUUAUGGCGAGAGGGUCAUGCACAAUCGUCAACGCUCGUCUCACGGAUUUCGCGACGGUGCUGUCACAGCAUCAGAUGUGGAUCAAGAGGGUGACUCAGACACAGGCUUUCGAGGCUGUCUUCCAAGAGCACUACCGGCAUGUCAUUGUGAAACCGCGCUGCCACCGUUUCUACAUCCCCAACAUGGUUGGAAACAUGCCAAAGAGCCUCAGGUGCAAAUUGUGCUCUCAGAGCAUGAAGAUCUCUGUCACCUUCGAGUGCUGCCACGGUGAGCACUGACUAACCAAGGAGGCCAUUGAGCCCCACACCUUCGGUCGGCGCUCCAGAACAAACAUGGACUGUUUUAGCUCAGUCACGUUUUCACAUUAUUUCUUCCCUUGUUAGUUUGAUGUUGCUUUUGAUUUUGUGUGGUUGCAGUGUGUGCCUGUAGUUGAACCGUGCAGAGCUUGAUGUACUCUGCAUGCAGACACUGUGCGCUAUGAAUAAAUGCUUUUGUGAUCUUA